CAAUGUCAUCAUCUUUUCACUCUCCAAACACCCUUCUUGAUCUGCUGCUUGCCUGUUUUUUCAUUGGUCUCUGCACUUCGGACUGUAUCCCUCGAAAACAAAUUCCAUAUGAAAGUAAUUCUAUUAAAGUGUUUAGAGAGGAGAGCAUUUAUAAUUAUUCCUCUAUAUUGAUGAGAGAGGACUUGGGCCUCCUUAUUGUGGGAGCUAGAGAGGCUAUCUAUGCUCUUGACAUCAAUAACAUCUCUGUCACCAAGACUAAGGUAACCUGGCAAGUCUCAUGGGUGAAACAGAAUGAGUGUACCUAUAAAGGAAAGCAUCCUGAUAUUGAAUGUCGUAACUACAUUCGAACACUGCAUCAAAUCAAUGAAACGCUAAUGUAUGUCUGUGGCACAAAUGCUUUUAACCCCACUUGUGAUUACAUUGCCUAUGUUGAUGGGCAGCUUAAGCUGGUAGGACAGCAAGAAGAGGGCAAAGGGAAGUGUCCCUUUGAUCCCUUUCAAAGGUACUCAUCCAUAAUAGUUGAUGGAGACUUUUACUCUGCCACUUUUGUUAAUUUUCUGGGCUCAGAGCCUGUCAUCCUCCGCAAUUCUCUGAAUGUACUGCGCACUGAAUCUGCAAGCUAUUGGUUAAAUGAGCCCAACUUUGUCUACAUGGAUGUGAUCCCAGAAAGUAAAAACAGUCUUGAUGGGGAUGAUGACAAGAUCUACAUAUUCUUUAGUGAAAAUGCCAUUGAGUAUGACUUCUACAACAAGCUCAUAGUGUCACGCGUUGCUCGAGUUUGCAAAGGUGAUAAGGGUGGUCAGAGAACCCUGCAAAAGAAGUGGACUUCUUUUGUAAAGGCCACUCUAGAAUGUCCUAUACCUGGCAGCAUCCUGCCCUCAGUUGUGCAAGAUGUUUUCCACGUCCACCACCACAACUGGAGAAAAAAUCUUUUUUAUGCUAUCUUUACUUCUCAGUCGGACUCCAGUGUGCUGUCUUCAGUGGUGUGUGCAUAUACUGUGACAGACAUUAAUGAGGUUUUCUCAUAUGGAAAGUUUAAAACACCUGUAACAGUUGAUACCUCUGAUGUAAAGUGGAUUAUGUACAGUGGAGAACCUCCUGUGCCCCGUCCAGGAGCGUGCAUCAACAAUGCAGCGAGAGCUAUGAAAAUACAGAGCUCUCUAGACCUUCCAGAUAGAACUCUGCAGUUUAUCAGAGAUCGGCCGCUUAUGGAUGACACUGUGAAACCUGUUACUGGCAGGCCACUGCUCUUCACUAAAGGAAUUUCAUUUACUCGCCUAGUUGUUGACUGCAAGAUUGGACUGGAUGGACAGACUUAUCUGGUUAUGUUUAUUGGCACAGACAAAGGUUUUGUGCAGAAAGCAGUGAACUACAAUGACGAGAUGCAUAUUAUUGAAGAAUUACAGUUGUUCAAAAAUCCUGAACCAAUCAGUGUCCUACGUCUUUCUACCAGCCUGGGACAGCUGUAUGCCGGUUCCUCGUCUGGUGUAGUACAGAUGCCCGUGGCUGACUGUGGUCACUAUUCAUCAUGUCUAGACUGUGUUCUUGCCAGAGAUCCUUACUGUGCUUGGGACCUAAGCACUCACAACUGUGUGACUUUACCCAGUCCAUCCAAAGAGAUUAAUUUAGUCCAGAGUUUACUAGAAGGAGAUGCUUCUCGUUGCCCAAGACCAGUCUCUGUGAAGGUAGAAAACAGGACUCUUGUGCUUGGCAACAACAUUAAGCUACCAUGCCAGCAGGACUCCAAUCUGGCACAGUUAAAUUGGCGCUUUGAGUCACAGCAGUUAAAUCCAUCCAAGGAGAAGUAUGCCACCUACAGCGAUGGUUUGCUUAUCUACAACGCUACAGCCACUGAUGCUGGUUGCUACACAUGUGAAUCUGUGGAGCGGGUGGUCAAUAAAGACUACAAAAGAACACUGGCCAUUUAUGAACUGCAAAUCCCAUCAGCCAAGGACCAUAUAGGAAGUCAUCCUACUAUCACAGUGCCAUUAACCACUUUUGAAAAUAUGGCAGAGGCAACAGCAUCUCCCCAGCAUAAAAAUAUGGUGGGUAGUUGGGUGGCCAUGCAGGUUUCACUGGCUCUUUUGAGUGUAAUGAUGGUGGCAUUGCUGCUUUGGAACCUCUGUAUGGGCCAUCUGCCACUGCAAAAGUGCUGCACCAGUCGGGGACAAAAGAAACAGAAGGCAUUGGCCCAGAGUGAGUCUUUGCCAGAAAACACAGAACCGCUGCAGGCUGCAGUGUUUUUUCAUUCGAACAAUUCCUACAGGAAAGGCUCCAGUAUGGAUGCUUUUAAGUAUAUCAGAGAUGAGUCUGAGAUUUAA